AUGGCUGAGAUCCGUCGCAAGCUCGUCAUCGUGGGCGAUGGUGCCUGCGGUAAGACCUGUCUGCUCAUUGUUUUCUCCAAGGGCACCUUCCCUGAGGUCUACGUCCCCACUGUCUUCGAAAACUAUGUCGCCGAUGUCGACGUUGAUGGCAAGCACGUUGAACUUGCUCUUUGGGAUACGGCUGGCCAGGAAGAUUACGACCGCCUGCGCCCCCUGUCAUACCCUGACUCCCACGUUAUCCUGAUCUGUUUUGCGGUGGACUCGCCCGAUUCGCUCGACAACGUCCAGGAGAAGUGGAUUUCCGAGGUUCUCCACUUCUGCCAGGGCCUCCCCAUCAUCCUGGUUGGCUGCAAGAUGGAUCUGCGCCACGACCCCAAGACGAUAGAGGAGCUUACCAAGACCUCCCAGAAGCCCGUCACCCCUGAGCAGGGUGAGGAGGUCCGCAAGAAGAUCGGUGCCUACAAGUACCUUGAGUGCUCUGCCCGCACCAACGAGGGUGUCCGUGAGGUCUUCGAUGCUGCUACCCGUGCCGCUCUCCUGAAGGUCGGCAAGGGUAAGAAGGGUGGCAAGCAGGGCCGCGGUCCCUGUCUGAUCUUGUAA